UUGCAAAUUCGUUGGAAAAUUGCAUUACAGCUGUGAAAAAUGUUGAUUAACUUUUAAACAACAGCUGUGCAUUAAAUUAUACAUUAAAUGAGCUCAGUGCUUUCUUUGUUAUUGUGCUUAAAUGUUCAAGUGUCAAUUAUAAGUAUCAAUUGUCUAACGCACGCAAUUUAAUUAGAGUACGAGCAUAACAAUAGCAGUAAGAAUUGUUUAACAUAAGCUUAGGCGUAGUUGACUUAUCAGUAUCAGCUGCAAUUUGUUUUAUGACAAUGUAAAAUGCGCAGCAGAUAACCAAUCUUAAAUAUUUGCACUAACUUAAUUGUUGUAAUUAUCUUUGUGUGUAAACAAAAUGCAUUUAAACAUCGACUGACCUCAGACAAGGCAAAACUAGUCAAUCGACUAUAAUCAAUGCUUAAAAGCUGUGAGAAAAGUAAAUAUUCAAACUAUACAUCACGUAUACUUAAUAUAUGCGUAUACUUUAUAAGCUUAUUAAAAAUGAAAUUACAUUGGCUGCAAGCAAUUGCAACGUUGCUCUAUUGAGUGUUUACUGUAGCACAAUUAAUACAAGAUUAGCUUCUUACAGUCUACAUAGAUUACGAUUUAUGCCGAAGCGAAGCGAAUAACAAAUAUGAUAAUAAUCACUUGCACUUGAAGAUUUGCAAACGCCGUCAAAAUAAAAUAAAAGCAGUCGGCUAAGAACUGCAGCGUUAAAAGCAUACACGAGUCUUGUGUUUAGUUUCCAGUUAAUAUAAUUAAAUUAAAUACAGCAGUAGCAAUGACUGAUAACGCAACACAAAGAGAAAAGAAUGGUCUCGAGUUGCGUUUCAGCGAGCUCUGUUACCAACUGAAGAGCGGCACUAACUCAAAGGCCAGCAAUCUGAUAUUAAAGGAUACAUGUGGCGAGCUACGAGCGGGCUGUCUUACAGCCAUAAUGGGUCCUUCCGGUGCCGGCAAGUCGAGCCUUUUAAAUGUCCUAGCUGGCUUCAAAUUAAAAGGCGUUAGUGGUCACAUACUGCUGAAUGGCCAACCACGCGAGCUGCAAGCCUUUCGCAAGAUGAGCAGCUAUAUAGCACAAAACCAUGUCAUGCUCUCGCUGCUGACAGUGGAGGAAACACUGCGUGUUUCAGCAACUCUAAAGCUGCCCAGCGAUACAAGCAGCGAGGCUAAACAGAAAAUUCUGGAGGACAUUUUGGAUGUUUUAAGCCUGCACAGCUGUCGUCAGACCUUGGUGCGCGACAUUUCCGGCGGCGAGCAUAAGCGUUUGUCCAUUGGCAUAGAGCUUAUAACAAAUCCACCCAUUAUGUUCUUUGAUGAGCCCACCAGUGGCCUGGAUAGCGUUGCCAGUUAUCAGGUCAUGUGCUACUUGCAGAAAUUGGCACACGAUGGACGCAUUGUGGUUUGUGUAGUGCAUCAGCCCAGCUCGCGACUGAUGCAGCUCUUUGAUGAUAUUUUGGUGCUGGCACAUGGUGAAGUGCUCUACUCCGGCACACAGCAGGAAAUGUUGCCAAGUUUCCAUGCAGCAGGCUUUAGUUGUCCGCAGUAUUAUAAUCCAGGCGAUUUUGUCCUAGAAGUGGGCAGCGAGUCCAGCAAUCAGCGCUGCGAGUCGCUCAUCGAGCAAAAUAAACUAAAGUUUAUGCAAACCAAAAGCACUUUCAAACUAAUUGUGGAUGAGCAGACAGCGCUCAUACACAUGGACUCCAGUAGUAGCGCUGAUACGGAGCUGCUGCGUCCCAAGGAGCAAGUGGGCUUUGGCUGCCAGCUGCGUGUGCUUAUGCAGCGUCAUCUGGUGACCAUGGCCAGAGACUUCAUUGCCGUGCAGGCGCGAGUCUUCAUGCAUGUGCUGAUUGCUUUGCUGCUGGGUUUGGUCUAUUGGCAGAUUGGCAAUGAUGCCAACAAGAUUGUCAGCAAUACCAGCUGUCUCUUUUUCAUUAUACUCUUUAUCUUCUCCGGCAAUGCGAUGCCAUCGAUUUUGCUUUGCAUGCAGGACAUGCCCGUAUUUCUACGUGAAUAUUAUAACGGCUGGUAUUCGCUUAGGGCUUACUAUAUAUCCAAACUGUUGGCGGAUAUGCCUUUGCAGUUCAUCUGUCCCACUUUAUUCAUAGGCAUUGGCUACUUUAUGACCGGACAGCCGCCGCAGUUGGAGCGCUUUGUUAUGUGCUGGAGCAUUUGCAUAUUGACCGGCAUCAUUGGACAUUUCAUAGGCGUUAUCAGUGGCUCGCUGUUUAAAAUGCAGCUGGCCAUAUUCCUGGUGCCCGCCAUAUCGAUACCAUUUCUACUUUUCUCCGGCUUCUUUAUACGACUCAACGAGCUGUCUUGGUUCCUGCGUCCCAUAUGCGAUAUAUCCUUCUUUCGCUAUAUAUUCGAGGGUCUGAUACGUUGUAUAUAUGGCUAUAAUCGUGGCGAUAUGGCUUGUUAUGCUGACUUUUGUUAUUAUAAGUCUUCCGAAAAGUUUGUAAAGGAUUUUGGCAUGACGGGUGAUAAUUUCAGCGACGAUUUGUUUGCCUUGCUUAUAUUUUUAUUGUUGCUUUUAAUUGCUUUUUAUUUAACAUUGCAUUCCUGCAUUAAACGCGCUCUCUAACUCCAGUUAAUAGUGACUAAUUUUAGCUAAAUAUUGUAAAUUU